CGACGGGCGCCCGGCCCCGACGCUGAACCCGGCCUACGCGGCCAAGCUCCGCGGGCGGUGCCCCCGGUCCGGCGGCGACCAGAUCCUGUUCGCCCUCGACCCCGCCACCCAGUUCCGGUUCGACAACCAAUACUACAAGAACAUCCUCGCCAUGAACGGCCUGCUCAGCUCCGACGAGGUCCUGCUCACGCAGAGCCACGAGACCAUGGAGCUCGUCAAGAGCUACGCCGCCAGCAACGAGCUCUUCUUCGACCACUUCGCCAAGUCCAUGGUCAAGAUGGGCAACAUCUCGCCGCUCACCGGGCACAACGGCGAGAUCAGGAAGAACUGCAGGAGGGUCAACCACUUCUAAACAGACCGAGGGACUGUUCGAAGCCGGUGAUUUCGUCGUGCUUCAAGCUCCUUGAUUUGCAAUGUUUCUUUCAAGUACUGUAUGUGUGUGAUUAUUGCAUUUCCUUAUUCGUGUUGCACCGUAAAAUGGUUGCGAUCGUGUUUGUUCCUCUUCUUGCACUGCUUGUUGAUAUUCAUCUGUGCGACGUGCUGAACUUGUACCAAGAAAUGAUCCAAUAAAGUGCUUAUGAGUUGUCCA